CCCCUGUCCACAAUCUUUUAAUUGAAUGAAUCACUAAACGAUUAAUCUUAUAAUGCAUUUAAAGGUUUUCUCCCUUGUUUUGUAGAUCACCUGGUAUUAAUAUGAGAACUCACUCCUAUCCAGACUAGAUGGACCCAAGAAACAAUGUAACUUACUUUGUCCUCUUGGGCCUCACCCAGGAUCCAAAGGAACAGAAGGUCCUUUUUGUUAUGUUCUUGCUCUUCUAUAUUUUGACUGUGGUGGGAAACCUGCUCAUUGUGGUGACUGUAACUGUCAGUAAGACCCUGGGCUCACCUAUGUACUUGUUUCUUGCUAACUUAUCUUUUAUGGAUGUCACUUAUUCCUCUUGCAUUUGCCCCAGAUUGAUUUCACACUUGUUGUUUGGGAAAAAUACCAUAUCCUUCCAAUCUUGUAUGACCCAGCUAUUCACAGAGCACUUUUUUGGUGGAUCAGAGGUCUUUCUUCUGCUGGUGAUGGCCUAUGACCGCUAUGUGGCCAUCUGCAAGCCCUUGCAUUAUUUGGUGAUCAUGAGGCAGUGGGUGUGUGUUGUGCUGCUGGUAGUGUCCUGGGUCGGAGGGUUUCUGCAUUCAGUAAUUCAAGUUAGCACUAUUUAUGGGCUCCCAUUCUGUGGCCCCAAUGUCAUUGAUCAUUUCAUCUGUGAAAUGUACCCCUUACUGAAACUGGUCUGUACUGACACAUACAUCAUUGGCCUGUUAGUGUUGGCCAAUGGGGGAAUGAUCUGCACUAUUGUGUUUGUGUUCUUGCUCAUCUCUUAUGGUGUCAUCUUGUACUCUCUAAAGAACCUUAGUCCAGAAGGGAGGCGGAAAGCCCUCCAGACCUGUGGUUCCCACAUCACUGUGGUUGUCUUCUUCUUUGUUCCAUGUAUUUUCAUGUAUGUGAGACCUGCUAAGACCUUCCCCAUUGACAAAUCAUUGAGCGUCUUUUUUACAGUCGUAACCCCAAUGCUGAACCCACUGAUCUACACUCUGAGAAAUUCUGAGAUGACAAAUGCUAUGAAGAAGCUCUGGAUGAGAAAUGUCAUAUCUUUUAAUAGAUAAGCAUAUUAUAAACCACGAGGAGAAUUCCUUUACAUUGGGCCCAUUUUCUGAGAAUGCAGGAGUAUUCUUAAAAUGAUUCUGAUUUCCCCUUUUUCAAAGAAAUUAAUUAUAAUUAAAGAAUGAACUGGAUGAUUGUGCUAUGUUUCCCUUCCUGCUAGACUGUAAGUUCAUAAUACUUUGUAGAUACUUCAUUCAAGGGUGUAAUGCUUUUGUAGAAGGGAAUCAACAAUAGGUAAUGAAUAUGUAAAUUUUAUAUGAUUAUACUAAGUUUUA